CGUGUAAUUAGGCGUCAUUGUGUCGAAGGAAUAUCUCGUCCCUGGCUUGUCGAUGCGACCGGUUCACCUUCUCGCUUCGAUACGAACAUCGAAUCCUAGCUAUUCAAAUUUCUUAGGCGUAAUGUGUCAAAAGCCGAGCGAAUGUUUCCUUGACAUUCGCACAGGUGCGUCGACUUAAUUUCCGGCUCUCGGCGCGUCAUUAUAACGAGCCGGCUAAGAGAGAAAUAAAGCACCGCCACUACCUGAGAUCGGCGAGCAGUCACCGCGCGACCACCGAAGAAUCGACUUGUACCUAAUUCGAGAGAGCGACGACCCCCGAGACCGAAAAUGCGGAGCCUGCAAUGCAUCCUCGCUCUGAGCGUAGCCCUCCUCCUCGUCUCUCUGGCCAACGCUCAGUUCUACGAGAACAACUACAACGACAACGACGAUGAGAUAUCGAACGAGACCGAGGACGACGAAGAUCUCUACGUGGACAACCGCAUCGACGAGUCGCCGACCUUUGUCUCGCCGGUCGAGAAGUUCGUCAAGGCCGUGACCAGCGGAGCUGACAACGGAAUCGGUAGACUCAUCAGUGGUAUCACCAAACCCAUAAGGAAUAUCGUCAGCAGUAACCCCGCCGGAAGGGCUGUCAAGAGCGGAUUCGGUGAAGUGCUCAACAUGAUCGGCGACAGGUUCAAGGCUAUCUAUCCGGGAACUGCGUGGUGCGGCGCCGGUGACAUAGCCAAAAGUUCGGACGAGGUCGGCCUCUUCUCGAUGACCGAUAGCUGCUGCAGAGCUCACGAUUAUUGCAACAGCAACAUCAAUGCCGGAGAGUCGGAUCAUGGUUUGCGAAAUAAUGGCAUUUUUACCAGGUCGCAUUGUCAGUGUGACGCAAACUUUUAUCACUGCUUGAAAGACGUUCGAAGCAUCGUCGCUACGAAUAUUGGCAUCACCUACUUCAACAUUUUGAGGCCCCAGUGUUUCAAGCUGGAGUAUCCUGCUCACUGCGUUCGAUACGGACGUUCGAGGCUAAGGAGCAACAAAUGCUUGGACUACGACUAUGACUACAGCCAAAAUAAGACGUGGCAGUGGUUCGACAGCCCCGACUUUCUAUAGACAUUUGUGUGUUAUCUGUGUACUGAUUUUCACGUUUUGGUGAACCUGAUUUUUCCAUGCAUUUUGUUUUCGUGUGCUUUAUGAUCCGAGAUCUCUAAGUCAUAUUGUUAUGUGUUAUACAUAUAUAUAUAUUUGUUAUUCUAUAAGUUGUUCAGUAAAAAGUUGUUGAGAAGCAUA